CAUCUCUAAUUGUGUGAAACGCCGCUAGACAGAAACUUGCAAAUCAUUUCGGGCAGCCUUCUCAUCUUGGAAAUUUAACAAAAGCAUAAAUAUGAAUUGUCUUGGUGUCGAACAAUUCCCGGAUUAUAAAGUGCCCGGAGUGCAGCAUGUGGACUUUUCUCCCUACGAGUCCAAUGGCGGCUCCAUUGUUGCCAUUGCUGGAGAAGACUUUGUGGUUAUUGCCGCCGAUACACGCUUAAGCAGUGGCUACAGCAUCCAUUCGCGCGAUCAGAGCAAACUCUUCAAGAUGUCGCCAAAAACGGUUUUGGGCUCUACUGGGUGCUGGUGCGACACCCUCUCGCUAACCGGGCUGGUCAAGGUGCGCAUGCAGAUGUACGAGCACACCCACAUGAAGACCAUGUCGACUGAUGCGGUGGCACAAAUGCUCUCCAUUGUCAUGUAUAACCGCCGUUUCUUCCCAUACUAUGUGUCCAACAUUUUGGCCGGCUUGGACAAGGAUGGCAAGGGCGCCGUCUACUCAUACGAUCCCAUUGGCCAUUGCGAGCGCGCAACAUACCGUGCCGGUGGCACAGCAGGAGCCCUGCUGCAGCCAGUGUUGGACAAUCAGAUCGGUUACAAGAACCAAAACUUGCCCGCCGAUCAAUUGCCGCCACUCACCAAGGAGCGCGCGGUGGCUGUUGCCUCCGAUACCUUCAUAUCGGCCGCUGAACGUGAUAUAUACACCGGUGACUCGGUGCUAAUAAAUAUCAUUACCAAGGAUGGUGUUGAGGAGCGAAAGCUGCAACUGCGCAAGGAUUAAAAACACAAUGGUCAAGGGUUAAUAAAAACUGCAUUCACACAUCUUGUUCAACUUAAAUUUGUUGUAACACUAUAAAUAAAACAAAUCUAAAAGAUAAAUUCAAAAUAAUGUCCCAAACGCUACCCUAA